AUGCUGCCAUGGCGUCCACUUGGGAUGCUGAUUUUCGGUCUAACCAUCAUAUUCCUUUUUGUGCGACUCCACGGUGACGGAUAUGAUUUCCCCGUCCAGGUCGCCCAAUGCGACAGGAAACUCGAGCAACAACCCAAACCAAGUCGUACAUUCUUGGAGAUUUCGGGGGUUUAUCAUGACCAGUUCUGGGAUUGGCCCAAGGAACAGGACCAGGAUGGGUCGAUCCCUAUUCACCUCCCUCCUUCGUCUGUCUCUGUUGCGGCGGCAUCUUCGCACGCGUCGUCGGCGGAGAAUGGAAAUAAUCAUUCGCAACAACAGGGACAGCAAGGACAGGAGGAGCAGAGGGGACAGCAAGGGCAAGGAAUCAAGUUUGGAGCUGGUUGGAACUCUCAAUGGCAUCUUGGAAAAAAGAAGUUGCCCGCAGAUCGACAGGCUGAGGAGGCCCAGGAGGUGGAAGUUGACCAACUAUAUCAAAAUGAGCAAGGAGCUGGGCAGGAUGCCUAUGUGGACUCUGAGCAGUGGAUUUGGAUGACCAAUGUUUGGCUGGAGGACAGUGACUCUGGAUCAGGCUACCUUCGGCAGUAUCGACGUCGGUUGGAUCACGUCAUGGAAAGCGAUGAUACUAAGUCAUGGGAGUUGAUGUACACACACCGGUUCCCAGGAGUUAUCACGCACACAUCACUAUCAAAGCGCGUCUUUCCAGAGACGGCAACAGGAUCUAACGAGAAAUCUCAGGAUGACCAGCAACAGCACCCAACGGAUGACUCACCACCACCGUCAGUGCCGCGUGGUCGUGAAGUGACCCGGUUGGCGAUUGUGUACAGAGUUGUGCAGGAGGAGCAUGUCUCCUAUCACACGCGUGUAUAUCAUUUCGGAGUCUUUCAGCACCAAGCUGAGCUCGGAGGUUCCGCGCCGAUCAAAGACUUUAGUCUUGAGCAUGAUAUGAUUUACUACUCGAGGUUGUUCGACACGAACGAAUUUCGGAGAUUGAAACUCCCACGACUUCAGGAAGGCGCAACAACACCCGAGCGUCCAUUUACCCUGACUGCUGGCACUCCAGGACCAGUCAUGGCCAACAAGGAAAAGAAGACUGUGCAAUACCGACAGAGUUUCUUGGCCAAGGUACCCUCCGUUACUGGAAGGGAUCCACAAGUCCUGGUUGGUCAAGUGAACGUGUACCAACUCCAAUGGAAGUACCAGACGUCGAUCGCAACUGAAACCACAGAGGCCAUGACUGGACACAAGAGAUGGCACUCUGAUACCGAACGGAUAUACCCAUUCAGGCUCCCAUAUCAAGAGAACGACUUCAACGACGAGACAACCAACUAUGGAACACCCGUCCAGAAACUGUACCUCAUUAGAUCGCCUGACGGAUCAUCUAUUCACAUCCCGAUCGCAAAUUCGGUGGCGAGUUUCGAAAUAGAUCGACCUGCACAAGCGCCUUCUCAGCACCAACGAGAACGCAGCGACCCCAGGAAAGGAAACCAGUUUGGUGGAUCUCAGGACACGGACAGGUCUUCGUCUUCGUCAUCAUCGCCACCACCACCGCCGCCCGAUGCCCAACCUCAGCGAUUGGCUCCUGGAGGAGCAAGCUACUUUAACCCCCAGCAUCAGCAACAGCACGAAUCCACUUAUUCACAGCAUAUUUCAACAGGAGAACGUUUCCGCUCAAAAGGCGCGCCAAAAUCGAGGCACUGGAUUAUUAGCAAAAUUGAUGUUGGAGCUUUGGAUACGAUCAAUACCGAGUUGGGCACUGUGAGUGAUACCAACGACAUCUUGGCUCUCAAGACUACUUUGAACGGGAUUGUUGUUUUGCGACGUGGACUGGUUAUCUUUCCAUGGGGUUACGAGUACUCAUCGUGGCGCCUAUCGAUGAUCAUGAGCGGCUACAAUCCAGAUGACGGCGAUACCAAAGCGUGGGAGGUACUUGCUAUGAAGAUCGUCACCAUGCCUGCGCUACCCCCAGCACCGGCGAAAGGGUCCAGGUCAGAUGCACAGUCAGGACAACAAGAGACUGUGAACGCCGAGAGUGACAAGGAGAAGGGCGAUCUUGACGCGACGGCGACAAAUGCCGAACCUGACCACAAUGUGGCCUCUCCAGGCUUCCGCAACAUCCUCCUAAUGGUAUUUGGAGAUGGCAGGGUCGCGGGAUAUGACUUGGACCAGGCCACAGAGUUGUCGUCUGCUGUAGAAUUCCUCCGGGAAAAGUACCCUGCAGUCAUUGGGAUGCUGGUGGUGGUCGCUACUUUUGUGAUCAACGAGGCGCGGUACGCUAUCGCACGUCCUUUGUAA